AUGAGGAUGCUGAAAACCUCCAAGGUUCAAAAAUUAAAUAAAAGACUGAAUCAUGAAUGGAACAAUGAGCUGAAUGAUAAACUAAACAAUAAAUUGAGUAAUGAAUUGAGUAAGGAAUUGAGUGAGAAAUUGAGUGAGGAAUUGAUCAAGGAAUUGAGUGAGGAAUUAAGUGAGGAAAAAAAGAAAAUCUGUAGUGCAAUUGAAUUUGUAAAUAAAACAAUAAGCAAAAAAACACUUUCAAAAGUAAAAAAAGCUCAUUAUUUGUCAGUUCUUUAUUUUUUUUGGUUACUUCUAAAAGGUCAAAAAAAAAUGAAAGCAGUGAAAGCAGUUACAGAUAUGGUUGAUAGUGACUUUCGAAAUAGAUUCUUGUCAAAAAGUUUUCUUCAUGAUGAGUUGGCCUUCAUCCAGUUGAUGACCUAUUUGUGCUCCCAAAAGUUUAAAGUAGACCCUGUUAUGGUCAAAACCUACUUUGAACAAAAUAUUCUUCCUCAGCUAAACAUCAAAUUGGUUGACCCUAAAUGCAAAAUUAGAACAUUUCCAGAUUUAGACAAUGGUAAAAAAGAGCAUAUAUGGGUGACUCAUAAUGAAACUACUUUUUAUAUUUAUGAUGGGCCACAUUCUAUGUGGGGUCCAGAAAAAGAGCAACCAUUACGAAAAAAGGGUUUGGGUUCUGCUAUGCAUGUAAGUAAUUUUUUGACAAAAACUAUAGGGCCACUUAAAGAUGAACAAGAAGAAGCACAUGUAAUGAUGGUUUUGGGUGCCAACUGGAACAGCUAUUGGGAUUCUAAAAAACUAUUAGAACAAGUUGUACAGGCUGUUAAAAUUUUUAAGAGAAUGCAUCUAGAAUGUGUAAGUAUGUUUGUUUUUGAUAAUGCAACAUCUCACAAGGCUUUUGCUGAAGAUGCCCUUGUUGCUUCCAAGAUGAACCUUGGCCUAGGCAGAUCAGUUCUGAAAAUACAGGAUACAAUGUGGAGUGGUAGUCAUCAAUCAAUAAUUAUUGAAGAGGAUCAUUUCAUUUAUAAUAAAAAAAAAACAUAUUAA